ACCACAUGGCUUUGUCUCCUUUAUGGCAAAGAUUGGUGUUGUAGUCUGAGGGAACUGAGCCUCAGCCAGAUACUUGUCGAGUGAGUUCGAUAAGCCAAACAGGUUUCUGACGCACAGGAGACGGUACUCUUUACACCCCACUUAAGUGUUUCAAACGUUCCAGAUCCAACAAGAUACAGGGUCGAUGGAUUGCAGCGUGCUCCAGAUGCAUCCCUCAUGCCCAGGGGGGGUGAAGGGUGAAGCACAGGGGUGGAACCCCAGAUGUUCUGACCACACUCUGGUGUUCCUGUGUGAGUUCCGACCGUCGCCAGGCUCCCCUCCAGCCGCCGACGUCGACCAUGCCGCAGGGACUCAGUCCAGUCCAGUGUUUGGGCGGUUCGGCCCGGAGUUUGUGGAAGUUACAGUCCCUGCCCAGUGUAGCAUUCAGCAGCUGAGGCUCAGACUCUGUUUGAAGGCGCAAGAGCAGAGCUGCCACCCUAACCUCCUGGGCCUCCUGGACCCCGAGCAGUACCUCCUGCUGUACGCCCGUGGGCAGGAGUGGUACGAGAUGUACGACGACUGCCAGGUUCUCCGGACCCUGGACGUCCCCUGGAGCCGCCAAGCCGACGGGCGCCUGGCGGCGACGAUCGCAGUGACGCCCGUGGCGGCGGCCGACGAUGGCGAACGGCAGCGGCAGCAGGCCCUCCUGGCCACCCUGAUUGGCCACGACCUGGACCGGGAGGCGACCAAUCGGCUCGGAGAGCUCAUGGUCACCCGGAGGAAGCUGGCGUCUCCACGGCGACAAGAGCUGAAGUUGCGCGACAACGUGGUUUAUGCCACAGAGCCCUGGACCACGACCGCCCCGCUGCCAAGAGACCUGCAGCCCCACGGGGACAGGAGCCUGAAGAUCACACUGCACUAUCUGCAGAAGCUCAGCUUCAGCAUGGAGGUGAAUCCCUCCAUCACACCCCAGCUUCUCCUGGAGCUUUGUAACAAGGUGACGGCCGACCAGGGCUUGGAGUGCAGGCCCUCAGACAGCCUGGUUCUAAAGGUGACCGGCCGGGAGGAGUUCUUAUCAGGAGACUUCCGACUCCUGGAUUUCCUUUGGGUCAGGAAGUGCCUGAAGAGCAGCCGAGACCUGCACCUGUCGGUCCUCUCUGUGACCCAGCUCCCGCAGGAGGCUGUGCUGCUGGCUGACUGGCCCCUGGUGGACAGCUUCACGGGCCAGUCCAGCUCCCACGACGACCUCCGCCUGGAGGGAAAGGACUUGGAUGACAUAUUCAUGAUCUCCUUGUGGGACUGCGACAGGAAGUUCAGGUUCAAACUCACUGGCAUUGACAUCCCAAAGCUUCCGGCCAAAGCCCCUCCGUCCGUCUACGUAGAGGCCUCCAUCAUUUACGGCAACAAGGUCCUCCUGUCCGUUGCCUCGACGACGAAGUCCUUUGCAGACGAAGUGCUGUGGAACGAGUGGUUGGAGUUCAGUGUCCUGCUCAGUGAUCUGCCUCGCGGUGCUAAGCUGGGGCUGACCGUGAAUGCCUGUAGUAACGAAACCGCCUCAGACCACCCGCAGAAGGGCAAGGGCGGGACGCUGUUCUUCGUCAACCUCCUCCUCAUCGACCACAGGUCACUCCUGAGCCAGGGACCGUACAACCUCCACAUGUGGCCCUACCUCGGCCAGGAGGGGGAGGUGGUCACCUACCAGGCGGACCGCCUCUCCUCCGCCACCAACCCGGACGUCACCCACUGCAUGGCCAUCAGCCUGCUGCUGGACCGCUACAGCUUCCCCGUGGUGCUCCCCAACGGUGCCACAUCCCCUGAGUCUCGCUGGCCCCCGGCUGAAGCCAGACCACCCCCGGCGUCCCCUCUGUGUGGGACAGUAUCCCCUGUAUUCAGGCCUGGGUCUGCAGGCCUGGAGAGGGUCCAGACCUCUGAAGAAAUCACUCCCUCUGGAUCUCCGGUGUCUUUGGAAUCCAGAACAGGAGAACCAACGAUUUCCGGGGACUUUCCGGACAAUUUCCUUCCUCGGCUGCCGGUCUCUCCCGAGACCCCGCCAGACGCGGAAGAGAUUAAUAGGACGUCCCAUCUCCAUAGGUCUACCGCCUCUCUUUCCUCUUUCUGUCCAUCCUCGACCUCUGACGCUGCCUCACGCAUAACUACUACGACUGCUCCUGGUUGUACUAUUUAUACUGCUCCAGUUUCUACUAGUUCUACUGCUCCAGUUUCUACUAGUUCUACUACUCCUGGUUCUACUAGUUCCCCUGCUUCUUCCCAACACUCGGUCAGAACUCCUCAGAGCCCCACGGCGGAUUUGCCAGGUGUCGCCGCUAACGCCCCGACUGCUUCGAUUGGUUCAGACAAAGCCCACCUCAAGAGGUUCGGGAAGGAGCAGAGUGUUCACUAUACGGCCAACCUGCCGACCUUCCUGCGCAGCGUCGAUUGGCUGAAGAGGAACGUGGUGGAGGAUGUCCAUUGGCUGCUGGAGCACUUGGAACCCGAGGAGCUGGACCUAUCGGUGGCUCUGGAGCUGUUGAGUUUUGACUCCAUCGACGAGAGCGUGAGACGGCUCGUUGUGCAGAGGUUGGAGAGCCUGUCCAACGAUGAAGUACUCAUGUAUCUGCUGCAGCUAGUGCAAACCCUGAAGGUGGAACCGUACCACGACAGUUUCCUGGCCUGCUUCCUUCUCCAGAGAGCCCUCCGGAGCAAGAGGAUCGGACACUUCUUCUUCUGGUACAUGCGCAGCGAGGUGGCUGCCUGCCCCUACUUCCGCCAGCGGAUGGCACUGGUGCUGGAAGCCUACCUGCUGGGCUGUGGACAGGCCAUGCUGGACGGCUUCUCCCUGCAGGUGCAGGCAGCCCAGGCCCUGCAGCAGGUGGCCCUGCAGGUCAAGGAGAUGUUCCCCGACAAGACGGACCUGCCCCCCACCGCUGCUUUGCAGGUCCAGGGGCUCCUGGAGAGGAGCGACCUGCCCAAGGAGUUCCUGGUGCCCUUUGACCCCCGGGUCAAAGCAGGAGCCAUCCUGCUGAAGAGCUGCAAGGUGAUGGCGUCCAAGAAGAAGCCCCUGUGGCUGGAGUUCCAGCCCAUGCCAUCCCCCUCCCCCACCCCCCCGCUGGGCAUCCUCUUCAAGGAGGGAGACGACCUCCGCCAGGACAUGCUGGUCCUCCAGACGCUGGUGGUGAUGGACUCCAUCUGGCAGGAGAAGUCCCUGGACCUGAACCUGGUGCCUUACGGCUGCAUCGCCACCGGCCACAACAUAGGGAUGAUCGAGAUCGUGAGGAAGGCCGUCACCAUCGCGGCCGUGCAGCGCAGCGAGGGAGGCACGCACGGCGCAUUCAAGAACGACGCCAUUUUCAACUGGCUCCGCGGCAAAUGUCCGCUGCAGGAGAUCCACUUCAGGGCCAUGGACAUGUUUGUGACGUCGUGUGCUGGUUACUGCGUGGCGACCUACGUCCUGGGGAUAGGAGACCGCCACAACGACAACAUCAUGAUCACCAACCAGGGUAACCUGUUCCACAUCGACUUCGGUCACAUCCUGGGAAACAGGAAGUCCUUCCUGGGCGUGAGGAGGGAGCGGGUGCCCUUCGUCCUCACGCCGGACUUCCUGUAUGUCAUUGGCGGGGUGAAAGGUCGCGACAGCCUCUGCAUCCAGCGGUUCAAGGACAUCUGUACGGAGGCCUACCUGUCUCUGCACUCCCAGUCCCGCCUGCUGGUCACGCUCUUCUCCCUGAUGCUGCUGACGGGCAUCCCCGAGCUCAGCGCAGCAGAGGACAUGCGCUACCUCCGGGAGGCGCUGCAGCAGGAGCGCAGCGAGGAGCACGCACGCGACCACUUCCUGCAGCAGAUCGCCACCUGUGAGAACCUGGGCUGGACUGUGCAGGCCAACUGGUGGAUCCACAUGCUGGUCGGCAUCAAGUAGAGAGCAUCUGGUAGCCCAACUAGACAUCUAGUAGCCCAACUAGACAUCUAGUAGCCCAACUAGAAAUCUAGUAGCCAAACUAGACAUAUAGUAGCCCAACUAAACAUCUAGUAGCCCAACUAAACAUCUAGUAGCCCAACUGGACAUAUAGUAGCCCAUGUUGACAUCUAGUAGCCAAACUAAUGCUGCUAUCCAUUUGGAUGUACGAAGUGGUAAAGUCGCAAAUCUCCCAGCUUUCUUGCGGCAUUUCACUGAGGCACGCCCCCUUUCGGUCGUAGUAUCUCGUCGCUUUCAAAGUAGAGCGAGCAGAUCUGUACAACUAGCAAAGAAGAUGGCUGCGCCCAUAGUCAAUGGGGGUUGAGCUGUAUUUUCUUUGUAUUUGUACCACGUUGGUGGUUGUAAUGUCGAUUUGAAAUCCUCUUACACACUGGAUUUCCUUGCUGCUUUAAUCCGGUCACCAAUUUAUGCAUUGCACUGUCUUGCUUUGCGUGCAAUUCAAUGUAAAGUUGUGUUUUCAAGCUGGUUUGCUAAAGAGGCUAUGUUGCUAAUGAUGCUACUUAGCCCGCUACUACCCCUCGUGGCUCGACUAGUUUUCUUCUCAAACUCGUCGGACACAAAUGGCAAACUGGAAGGCUGGAGCAAGGGAAAUACGUCACGUUCUCACUGAAGCUGGUCGUUCGUACCAGCCUACCAUCCAAAUGGAUAGCAGCAUAAGCAUCUAGUAGACCAACUAGAUAUCUAGUAGCCCAUUUAAGCAUCUAGUAGCCCAAAUAGACAUCUAUUAGCCCAACUAGACAUCUAGUAGCCCAACUAGACAUCUAGUAGCCCAUGUUGACAUCUAGUAGCCAAACUAAAUAUCUAGUAGCCCAACUAGAUAUCUAGUAGCCCAUGUUGACAUCUAGUAGCCAAACUAAGCAUCUAGUAGACCAACUAGAUAUCUAGUAGCCAAACUAAGCAUCUAGUAGCCCAACGAGACAUCUAGUAGCCCAACGAGACAUCUAGUAGCCCAACGAGACAUCUAGUAGCCAAACUAGACAUCUAGUAGCCCAACGAGACAUCUAGUAGCCCAACUAAACAUCUAGUAGCCCAUGUUGACAUCUAGUAGCCUAACUAAAUAUCAUGUAGUUGUCCAUUCAGACAUCUAGUGGACUAUCGAAGCGAUCUAGCAGCCAAUCAUCUACCAAACUGUCUUUGUUGUACAUGUGAAAUCUACGUUAGAAUAGAAAUGUGUUAAUAAUGUAUAAUAUUAAACUUUUUAAGUGCCUGACAA